CACUUUGGGGUGAAGUAAGCAAUUGCUUUCUAAUUUUUCAUCAUAAUUGUUUAAAAAAUUCGAUGUAAAAACAACAAAAUUUUGGUUUUAAUUCAUGUAUGCAUACUGUUGAUGGUACCGCUGUUUAACAGACGAGUGCAGUCAAAAUCCCAGUAGUUCCUUGUACGUGGAGUUCCAUUGAAUGACAAAAGAGACCAACCAUGGCCAGCAGUAAUGGAGUCGUUGUGAAUACAACAUCGCCCAUGGUCGGUCGUCGUUUGCAUCGCGAUGUGAAUCGUCUAAUGGCCUCGGCUCAUCGUACCACAGUUGAUGAUGAUAUGGUUAAUUUGAAUGUACUCUUCGAGGGACCGAUGGGUACUGCCUAUUCGGGUGGCGUUUGGAAUGUGAGUGUGGUCAUGCCACAGGACUAUCCCUUGAAGUCUCCACGUGUGCGUUUCGUUACCAAGAUAUUGCAUCCAAAUAUUGACUUUACUACAGGUCUAGUAUGCAUGAAUGUAUUUAAGCAGGCCUGGUCGCCUAGCUAUGAUCUAGUUAACAUAUUUGAUACGUUUCUGCCUCAAUUAUUGCGAAAUCCGAAUCCUAACGACCCAUUAAACUAUCGUGCUGCCGCAAUGAUGAAACGCUCUGAGCAUGCCUUUUAUGAACAAGUCAUUGUGUGUCUCAAGAUGUAUGCUCUGCCCAGUGUUAUGCCCAAUCGGGCCCAGAAUGGAGAUGAACUGGAGAAACGUUCAUCGGAUCUAAGUUUAUCAGACCUCCUGUCCGAUCAUGAUGAAUGAAAGUUGGCCAAGUUGGCCUCUUUGUUAUGUAUUUUUCAUCUUUUAUCUCCUCCGUUUAUAUAUAUAUAUAUUUUUUUUUGGAAAUUGCGUACAAGGGCAUAGUGAAAAUGUUUGUGAAAUAAAAACGAAACAAUUGGAAUUUAA